AUGCUUGGCUCUUGCACACCACACUGUUGUUGAUUGUACUUUCUUUCUUUCUUGUUAAGGGAGGCAUGAAUUUGUAGAGAGAUAUGCUGCAUGAUUCACACCUAUGCUGAGUCAAAAGAGCUCGAGUGUUCUGCACAGGCAGUGAGGCACAGAGUCAACCAUUGUUUUGCUGAGCACACUGAGCACAUUUAAAGGAGAAGAGAAGUGGAAGAGAGGAGAAAAGAAGAGAGAGAGAGGGUGACCUGCCUAAUGGCAGAGAGCUGGAUGUCCCAGUGAGGUCAGGGCGGACGGGAGGUCAUGGGGUCAUUUAUACUGGGGAAAGCUGCUUCUCUGGAGCUACUGCUGGAAGCCUGCAUUCGUGCGUUUGAUUAUGAAGGAGAGCUGCAUGAAAAUCAGCUUCCCCGAACUCUUCUGCUGAUGCAUCGCUGGUAUGUGUCCUCCACCGAGCUCGCUGGGAAACUUCUGAUUAUAUAUCGUGACUGUCGGGGAGAUGACUGCCAGCGGACACGACUGAAGAUUUGCUAUUUAAUGAGGUACUGGAUAGCUGAAUUCCCUGCAGAGUUUGAUCUGGAUCUAGGUUUGAUCCGUCUUACAGAAGAAUUUCGAGAUGCAGCCGCUCAGCUGGGUGGUGACGAGCACAUUAAACUACUUGACAUUUCUACAAUCCCCUCAUAUGACUGGAUGCGUAAACUGACUCAGCGAAAGAAACCGGUGAAGAAGGGUAAAGCGUCACUGCUGUUUGAUCAUCUGGAACCCAUUGAGUUGGCCGAACACCUCACCUUCUUAGAGUACAAGUCCAUCAGAAGGAUAUCGUUCACAGAUUACCAGAGUUACGUAAUUCAUGGCUGUCUAGUGGAUAACCCCACAUUAGAGCGCUCUAUCGCUCUGUUCAACGGGAUCUCCCAGUGGGUUCAACUGAUGGUUCUCAGUAAACUCACCCCUCAGCACAGAGCAGAGGUCAUCAACAAAUACAUCCAUGUUGCACAGAAACUGCUCCACCUGCAGAACUUUAACACGCUGAUGGCUGUGGUCGGGGGUCUGAGUCACAGCUCUAUUUCCCGCUUGAAGGAAACUCAUUCUCACCUCAGCCCAGAGGUCACCAAGAUCUGGAAUGAAAUGACAGAGCUGGUUUCGUCAAAAGGCAAUUACUGUGCUUACCGCAAAGCCUUCAGUGAAAGCGAAGGGUUUAAGAUCCCAAUCCUAGGUGUUCACCUGAAGGACCUGAUCGCCGUGCACGUGGUCUUCCCGGACUGGGUGGAGGAUGGGAAAGUGAACAUCGUGAAGAUGCAGCAGCUGUAUCUCACCUUUAAUGAGCUGGUGUCCCUGCAGAGCGCUGUGGCUCAGGUGGAACCCAACAUGGACCUGAUCUACCUGCUCACUCUGUCCUUGGAUCUGUACUAUACAGAGGAUGAAAUAUAUGAGCUGUCCCUGCUUAGAGAACCCCGUAACCCCAAAUCUCAGCCCACGUCACCCACAACGCCCAACAAACCUCUGGCUCCACUGGACUGGGCCUCUGGGGUCACCACCAAACCAGAUCCCUCAGUGGUCAACAAACACAUCAGGAAAGUUGUGGAUUCUGUCUUUCGUAACUACGACCACGACCAUGACGGAUACAUAUCUCAGGAAGACUUUGAGAGUAUCGCUGCAAAUUUCCCUUUCCUCGAUUCCUUCUGCGUGCUUGAUAAAGACCAGGAUGGAUUGAUCAGUAAGGAUGAGAUGAUUGCGUAUUUCCUGCGUGCCAACCCGCUGCUGCAGUGUAAGAUGGGGCCUGGAUUUAUUCACAACUUCCAGGAGAUGACUUACCUGAAGCCAACGUUCUGUGAACACUGCGCUGGAUUUCUCUGGGGGAUUAUUAAACAAGGAUACAAGUGCAAAGACUGUGGUGUGAACUGCCAUAAACAGUGUCGUGAGCUACUGGUUUUGGCGUGUCGACGUCUCCCUCGGUCCACAUCACUGGGCAAUGUGUCUCCUGGAGUGCUCACACACAGCUCUUUACCCAGCAGCCCCAACCUGCCCACCUGUAAAGAUGAUGAUGAGGUGUUUACGUUCCCUGCUGUGUCGCCAUCGUCAGGCUCUGACCUGGAGGGAAAGUCCAUCACCCUGAUGACCGGUUCAGCUCAGCGCAUCUCCGUGCGGCUCCAGAGAGCCACCACCAGUCAGGCCACGCAGACAGAACCCCUGUGGUCCGAAAAUGGCUGGGUGGCCAUUGCAGACAGCGGGUCACACACCUUCCCCAAAAUGAGGUACAGGCCACACCGCAAAGCAUCCAAGAGCAAAGGCUUUGCUCGCUGGGAGAACGACACACAGAGUUCGGCAGCGUCGAGGAACAGCAGGAACUCACAUGAGCACAGCGAAGAUUCACAGCAGAAUGGACUCGCACAACAACAUAUGAACAGAACUAGGACCUCUGAGGUAUGA